UGUGAAAGAUUUGUCAAUGUCAAUUGCCAACUGUCAAUCGUCAAUUACUUAUCCACCAAAACACCGAGUAAUAUUUCAUCAAUUUAUCAAAUAAAACGUUUACCGUUUCUAUUGAUUAUCAACAGUAGUUUCUGCAUUUUCACUGUUAAUUAAUCCAAAAUGAUUACUUUAUGGAAUUUGUUUGAGGCUAGUCUUUUGUGUCUCAAUGCUGUGUGUGUUUUGCAUGAAGAAAGGUUUAUGCAAAAAAUGGGUUGGGGAGCAAAUGUUCAAAAUCAAGGCUUUGAGGACCAGUCUUCAGUAAAAUUCCAAAUUUUAAAUUUAGUUCGAUCAAUACGGACUGUUACAAGAAUUCCCCUAAUCAUAUUAAAUAUACUUACAAUAAUAUUUAAAUUACUACUAGGAUAACAAGGAGAUGACAUGGCAAUGACAUGGCUAAAAGAAAAAUUGAUAUAAGAUCCAGUGUGAAGUAAAAGAAAAUAUUUUUAUAUAUUAAUAAAUACUACAAAUUA